GCUAAAUGAAGUCAUUGCCGAUACACGAUCCAAUUAAACGAACUUGAAUAAUCGAAUUCGAUUAAUCGGAUCUUGUAUCACUGCCUUAAGGAGAAACACAAAGUCGCAUCCCGGGCCAAAUCAACGCAAUUUUGAAUGCUCAAGCUGAGCAGGAAAUUAAUCAUGACCACGAUGUAAUCAUUCUAGAAAAAAUUUUGUCGAUUGAUUGGUGAAAAACUGUGAUUUCUUAUUUCGUUUCUCAAUAUGUCCUGUUGAAACAAAGCGUAUUGAGGGUAACACCCGCCUUAAUAGUGGCGGGAAAGUGAUUUUUUAAAGGGCCGGCAUUGGUUUGGGCCGGCGUUAUAAGGACUGAUAAAGGUCUACUGGGUUCCCAAGAAAUGCGUUGUUUCUGAGAAAUGGUCAGGACCAGAGGUGGCAACUUUUUAAUUUUGUGUGUUCUUGUAUUACAUUUUGGCAUAACAUAUCCACAUAUAGCUAUGUAUUUACUGAUAUUUAUGAAGUAUUAUCAAUUAAAGUCUUUUUUGCUAGUUCGAGAAAGUUAGUUCUUAGGGCAAAAAAAUGUUUUAUAUUCUUUUGCCACCAGAAUCCUGAAAUGUAUUUUGUACUUGUUGCCUCAAAGUUUUAAGCUAGGUCUCAAUCUUGAUGUGAAUAAGUUCAAUUUUAUUUCAAGAAUUUGUUUUGGUUUAGCAAAGUAUGAGAAAUCAUCAUUUGUGGUUAUACUCUCUUUUCUCUAGUUUAUUUAGUGUAACACCUGGAGUAAUCUGAUUAUUUAUUAGUAGAUAGCUAUAUAUUAAAAAAUAAAUAGUUUGGUUUACUUUACUGAAGCUCUUCGUUCAAGUGUGUCUCUGUGUUGUUACACUAUAUACCAUCUUGAAAAACCCAAGGAGCGCAGAGAGGUUGUGCAGUCAACCCACUUAGUUUGUGGAGAUAGGUAACUCCCUCUGGAGACUACUCCAGGUAGUCUUGUGGCUCAGCCAGGUCCUUAAAUUUUUGGAUUUCUAGAACUGGAUUAUAUCCUUGGAUUAUUCAUAUUCUUUUUAUUAUAUUUUAGAAAAUAUGUAUUUAACAAAGUUGUUCUGUGGAGAAUUGAGGACACGUGGUACACUUGAUGAAUAAUAACAUUGAGAAAUCAAGUAGAAAAAAAAGGCAAAAGUAUGCCUGCAAGUCGGAGAAAAUCGAGAAAAUCAUUACUGGUCAAAGAUAAUGAAGAUCUUUCCUGUUGUUAUAACGAAACAAAUUGUCCCUUGCAAGCACGCCAAUUUUUAAAAGAUAGGUUGUUUAAUCAAAAUAAUGAUUUUUUUCUCUCAAGUUUUAUGGAAGAACAACAAAGACAGCUAGAAAUUAUUGUGAAGCAAUGUAUAUCAUUUGGUGAAAGCAAUUCAGUGUUGGUGAUUGGUCCUCGUGGGAGUGGAAAGUCAAAGUUAGUACGUAAAGUUCUAUCAGAUGUGUCACAAAAACUGGGUACUGACUACUUCUAUCUUUUUCUCAGUGGUUUAAUUCACACAGAUGAUCGAGCUGCACUACAAGACAUGGCGCGACAAUUAGAACUUGAAAAUGUAGUCGGUGAUCGUGUGUUUGGCUCGUUUUCAGAUAAUCUCUCAUUUAUACUGGACGCUUUAAAAGAUGAUUCUGGCAAAUCUAAAUCCGUUGUGAUUGUGAUGGAUGAGUUUGACUGUUUCACUUACCACAAGAAUCAAUCUCUUCUGUAUAAUCUCUUUGAUAUUGCACAAAGUAAACAGAAUCCUCUAUGUGUUAUUGGUAUCACGUGUCGAUUAGAUGUUGUCGAGUUGCUGGAAAAGCGAGUCAAAUCAAGAUACUCACACCGAUCAAUUUUAACAUUUCCAAAUUUUCAGUUUUCAGAUUAUUUGGAUUAUACCAGAGAACUACUAAUGCUUCCUGAGACAUUCUCCUGCACAGUCUUUCAAAGUAGAUGGAAUCGACAUAUUCAGAAUGUUCUUGAUGAAACGACAGUUACCAAUCUAUUUGAAAAACAUUUUAACAUCAAAAAGGAUAUCGGUGAUGUUGUCAAGCUAUUGAUUUUUCCUAUAUGUAGCAUAUCGUCCUCACACAAGUUUAUCACAUCAACUGACAUUUCAACAUCAUACUCAAAAUUGCACACUGAUACAAAAGCUGUUGUUUUGAAUGGUUUGUCUAUCCUUGAGUUAUGUCUAAUCAUUGCUGCGAAACACGUGGUGGAAAGACGAGAGGGACAGCCAUUUAAUUUUGAAAUGAUCUUCAACGAAUAUCAAGCUUAUUCUAAACGGCGUUCGACUGGAAUGCAAAGUUUCAACAAAGCUGUCACAUUUAAAGCGUAUGAACAUUUAAUAGCGUUAGAAUUGUUGAGAUGCACAGAAUCUGUCUCUAACCAUUCACUUGCGAAGGAGUACAAACCAAUGUGUAUGUUGAUAGACUCCUCUCAAAUCAAAGAAACCUUGCAAAAAUAUCCUGAAUGUCCGACAGAGUUAAAAAAUUGGGCCGAAUAUAUGUACACGUAGCUAGUAUUUAUUAAAAUAGGUAAAAUUAAAUUAAAAAAAAAAGAUUUUUGACUUAUUAUAUAAA